AUGGGUAAAGGAAAGAUCUGUGUCGCCUUCAGCGGUGGUCUCGACACCAGCAUCAUCUUGAAAUGGCUCAUUGACGAGGGCUACGAUGUCGUCGCUUUCACUGCCGAUGUUGGUCAGGAAGAGGACUUCGCCGCCAUCAAGGAGAAAGCUCUGAAGCUCGGUGCCGUCAAGGCCGAGGUAGUUGACCUUCGCCGCGAGUUUGUUGAGGAGCUCUGCUUCCCCGCCAUUGCUUGCAACGCCAUCUACGAGAACGUUUACCUUCUCGGUACCUCUCUUGCCCGCCCCGUGAUCGCUCGUGCCCAGAUCGAGGUCGCCAAGGCCAUUAACUCACCAAUUGAUAAACAGCGGGAAGGAUGCUUUGCUGUUUCCCACGGCUGCACCGGCAAGGGUAACGACCAGGUCCGUUUCGAACUCGCCUUCUACGCGCUCCAGCCCGACAUCAAGGUCAUCGCUCCUUGGCGUGACCCCGUCUUCUACGAGCGCUUCGCCGGUCGUAACGAUCUCCUCGCCUACGCUGCCGAGAAGGGCAUUCCUGUCACCUCCACCAAGUCCAAGCCCUGGAGUAUGGACGAGAACUUGGCCCACUGCUCCUACGAGGCCGGUAUUCUGGAGGACCCCGAUAUCACCCCUCCCUCCGACAUGUGGAAGCUCACCGUCGACCCCCUCACCGCUCCCGACAAGCCCGAGGACUUCACCGUCCACUUCGAGAAGGGUCUGCCCGUUAAGCUCGAGUACACCGAGAACGGCGAGCAGAAGACCGCCACUGACGCCGUUGACCUCUUCUUGACCGCCAACGCCAUUGCCCGCCGUAACGGUAUCGGCCGUAUCGACAUUGUUGAGAACCGUUUCAUCGGUAUCAAGUCUCGCGGUUGCUACGAGACCCCUGGUCUCACCUGCCUGCGCUCCGCCCACAUUGACCUUGAGGGUCUUGUGCUCGACCGCGAGGUCCGUGCUCUGCGCGACCAGUUCGUCACCGUCAACUACUCCAAGCUCCUCUACAACGGUCUCUACUUCUCUCCCGAGCGUGAGUUCCUUGAGCAGGCCAUCCCUGCCUCCCAGAAGUCGGUCAACGGCAAGGUCCGCUGCCGUGCCUACAAGGGCAACAUGAUCAUCCUCGGCCGAUCCUCCGAGACCGAGAAGCUGUACGAUAUGUCCGAGUCCAGCAUGGACGAGAUUGGUGACUUCGCCCCCACCGAGACCACCGGAUUCAUUGGCGUGUCUGCCAUCCGCCUGAAGAAGUACGGACAGAUGAAGCAGGCCGCUGGCGAGAAGUUGUAA